UGAAAUACUUCUAUGCUUCUAAUGAACUGCUCAUGACAUUCACAGUUAUUGGGAUGCUGAUCAAUUAGAUUUUCCAUGUCUGGUGUAAUAUUAUUAUACUGCUGCAAUUUGAAAAUUCCAUAAUAUAGACCGUGAUAAAUGGCAUUCAACAGUCUAUCACAAGGGGCAUCACUGCAGUCUGCACAGAUUACUCCACCUGGGUCAUUAGGUGAUGAAGACGGGUACGAUCCCAAAAUAUUCGUCAAGUCUCCCAGCAAUUAUGUCUGUCAUAUAUGUCAGAAAGUGUUACGAUCACCUGUGCAACUAGAGUGUGGUCAUCGAUUCUGUAAUUUCUGUUGUAAUAAUUUGGUGAAGCAAUCAGACAAACCUGUGUGUCCCGUAAAUGAUUGCAAAGAACCUGUAAAUCGUGAGGAAAUUGUCAGAGACCAUGCUGCAAGACGAGACGUACUAUCAUUAAUAGUUUUCUGUAACUUUAAAAGUAAAGGAUGCAACAUUCAAGUAAAGCUUAAGAACUUAGAAAACCAUCUUCAAGAAUGUGUCUUUGCAACUAUUGACUGUAUUCAUAAAACUCUUGGAUGUACUGCUCAAGUUGAAAGAAGAUUUUUGGCUGAACAUUUAGAAACAGAAUGUCUCUAUAGUGCAGUAAAAUGCAAAUUCUGUGAAGAACCGUUUUCAAAGGAUGAGCUAGAUCAACAUGUACGUAGAUGCCCAAAGGCACCAGUAUCCUGUCCCAAUGGGUGUGAAGUAAAGGCUAUCCCACGAAAUCAGCUUGAUAAACAUUUAUCUGAAUGUCCCCUACAACCGAGUGAAUGUAGUUUCCAAGAAUAUGGAUGUAAUUAUAGGGGACAAAUCAUUGAUAUUCAACAUCAUUUGAGUACAGCUUUAUCAGAACAUAUGCAAAUGAUUUUGAGAUCGCAUGAGGAUUUGCAGUUAAAACAUGCAGAGCUCGACAGGAAAUAUUCAGAACUCGAUAACCAGAAAAGUAUUGUCGAUAAUAAAUUCAAACAACAAUCAGAAGAACUAUGUGAAAGUAAACAGAAAAAUGUGAAACUAGAAGAAAGAGUCAAAGAUUUACAUAAAACACUCGCCUUACAAAAUGAUAAAAUAAUAAAACUAGAACAUGACUUGAAGGAGAAAGCUUCAAAAGCUGAAGUGGAUACAAACAGAAUGUUAGUGCAUGCCGUACAGGAAUCAUGUGCAGAGUUGAUGAACAGAGUAGAACAGAUUGAGGGAAGACCUGUUGUCACAUCUACGGGCGGUGCAAACUCUGCCGAUGUCAAUGAAAUACGUAAACAACUUGUUCAAGUUGGAACACAGCUUGGUAUGCAUGAUGUUAGACUUGCAGAACAGGAUCUACGUUUCCAAGUGUUGGAGACAGCUUGUUAUGAUGGGAAACUAAUAUGGAAGAUCAAAAACUUUGCAAGACGUAAACAAGAAGCGCUAACUGGAAAGACUUUAUCUCUUUAUAGUCAACCAUUCUAUACCAGCAAUCAUGGCUAUAAGAUGUGUGCCAGGGUGUAUUUAAAUGGUGACGGUAUGGGGAAAGGAACUCAUAUGUCAUUAUUUUUUGUCGUCAUGGGAGGCGACUAUGAUGCUCUAUUACAGUGGCCGUUCAGACAAAAGGUUACUCUAGUACUGCUUGACCAAGAAACCGGUCGUCGUAAUCUCUCUGAUACAUUCAGACCAGAUCCGACCAGUAGUAGCUUCAAACGUCCAACCGGUGACAUGAACGUAGCUUCUGGCUGUCCGCUAUUCGUCUCUCAAUCUGUACUGGAAACUCCAACUUACAUCAAGAAUGAUACGUUGUACAUCAAGGUGCUUGUAGACACGUCAGAUCUGUAUGGUCCAUAACACAGCUUUCAUUAUCAAUGUUUGAAGAGGGCUCAGUCUGAAGAGAUUCAUUUUAUGUUGCAUUUUCUCACCACGAAUGCAUGCACUAUACUACAGCUCAUUGCAAAUAAGAAGAUUGCAGUUUAAACCCAGUAAGAGUUAGUCUGAUUACAUUUGAUAUUUCUGCACAAAUUCAAUUCAACAUAAAUAUAUUUUAGAGUUAUUAAUUUUGCUCGUAACCAAUACUAUUAAAAUAUUGUGUCAAAUAAUAUGAUAGUGUAUCUUUUAUUUGAUUUACUAGUAAAUAAUCUCCAUGUGAAUAUAUAAAUAUACAAAAUAUACAAAACUGCUACUGUAAAAUCUGUAUUAGGAACCGUUGCUUCUAUAAAAAUGGUACAAUGGAACAGAGGGGAUGCGGCUUCUACUAGAGCAUCUACACAUGAGAAAUGAUGAGUUUUUGGUCCUCAAUUAAAUCUGAAAGAAUGAGUGCGACUUAUAUUAGGGAUGCGGCUUCUAAUACAGAUUUUAUGAUAUAUUAGUGUUUGUGAGGUAACAGCACAUUUUAACUAUGCCCCCCCCCUAAUACAUGGUAUUUCAAGGCCAUCUGCUUCUCUUCAGAAACCCUCCCCUCUGACAUAACAUUGAUAAUGAAAGCUUCAUCUUGCUGUGUGUGGGGGAGGGCACCGAUUAGAGUAAUCAUGUAGUUAUGCGAGUUGUUGAUUAUAAAUUAUUAAAUAUUACUGAUUUGUGUUUCCUGUGUCCUCCAGGAACAUCAAUGUAUGACACUGUAUAAAUAUAAUGUUUCAGAUGUUAUAUACGUUUUGAACAAGAUAUUAAUCCAGUCAGUACCCUGGUAUGUUUCAAAUGUUAGACAGUGGCAAUUGUUGGUCAUUAUUAAAGGCUUUGUUCGUCUCAUAUAUGAUGAAUCUGGCCAAAUUAUGUAUUGUGAAUGUGUGUCAUGCAUCUCGUGUUUGUUGCAGUUUCCUCGAUUAGCAUUUUACUCUUAAAUAGGACUUAUUUCAGUUAAUGGUAAUAGUGGAUAGGAUGUUAUGUAAUCGGUGGCAAAGUGAAA